AUGACAGCAAGACUUCUAAGAACACCCCUGGCUUUGCUCUUCCUUGGCCUCUUUGGGAUCCUGAAGGCGAUAAAAAUAUCGUGCAGAAAUGAGGAAGGUGAAGCUGUGGAUUGGUUUACAUUUUAUAAGUUGCCUAAAAGGCAAGACAAGGAAAGUACAGAGACUGGGGUAGAGUACCUAUACCUAGACUCUGCAACCAGAAGCUGGAGAAGGAGUAAGCAACUAAUGAACACCACCAAGAGUGUUUUGGGAAGGACAUUACAACAGCUAUAUGAAGCAUAUGCUUCCGAGGAUAACAACACAGCCUAUCUAAUAUACAAUGAUGGAGUCCCUAAAUCCAUGAAUUACAGCAGAAAGUAUGGACACACCAAAGGUUUACUUCUGUGGAACAGAGUCCAGGGGUUCUGGUUGAUUCAUUCCAUUCCCCAUUUUCCUCCAAUUCCUGAAGAAGGCUAUGAUUAUCCACCCACAGGGAGACGAAAUGGACAAACUGGCAUCUGCAUAACUUUCAAAUACAACCAGUAUGAAGCAAUAGAUUCUCAGCUCUUGGUCUGCAACCCAAAUGUUUAUAGCUGUUCCAUCCCAGUAACCUUUCACCAGGAGCUCAUUCACAUGCCCCAGCUGUGUGCCAGAUCCAGCUCAUCAGAGAUCCCUGGCCGGCAUCUCACCACACUUCAGUCAGCCCAGGGACAAAAGUUCCUCCAUUUUGCAAAGUCUGAUUCUUUUCUUGACGACAUCUUUGCAGCCUGGAUGGCUCAACGGUUGAAGACGCACUUGCUAACAGAAACCUGGCAGCGAAAGAGACAAGAGCUUCCUUCAAACUGCUCCCUUCCUUACCAUGUCUACAAUGUCAAAGCAAUUAAGUUAUCUAGACAAUCUUAUUUCAGCUCUUAUCAAGAUCAUGCCAAAUGGUGUAUUUCCCAAAAGGGCACCAAAAAUCGCUGGACAUGUAUUGGAGACCUAAAUCGGAGCCCACACCAAGCCUUCAGAAGUGGAGGAUUCAUUUGUACCCAGAAUCAGCAUAUUUACCAAGCAUUCCAAGGAUUAGUUUUAUAUUAUGAGAACUGUAACUAA